GUGUAGUGCGAUGGAGCUCGUCGCGAGCUCAGACGACGCGCGCCGGGCGUCGAGUGCGGAAGGCCAUUACUUGUCAACAUUCUUACUUUACAUUCAGUGAUAAAACACACUUCCGAAAAAUCUCGUUUAAGUACUUUUAGUGAAUAAACCAGUGAACUUAAUGUUGAAUGAAUAAAAUUCCAUUGUGUUUCCUUUGUGAUUUCUGUUACUGUGCUCAGUGCGAUAACGUUUUUGUGUUUUUAUUUUGAAACGUGUUUUGAGUUCAAGUGUAAUUUGCAUGGCAGGGCUGCAACAAAAUCAGCUGGGGUCACCGGAGUAGUGAAGGCAUCGCGAUGAGUGGUAUUUCGAAUAUUGUAGAUGACAGUGUUUUGGUGGAGCAAGUGGAGGUCGGGUGAGAUGUUAGUGCGGGGGUGUGUGGGGGGCGAGCUGCGGCACUCGUUGGCAGAGCGCACCAAGGCGCUGGCGGCGCAGUGCCACGCGCUGCGGUCGCCGGCUCGCGCAGACAGGAGCUGUGAGCGUCGCCGAACCAGACACCGAAAAUCUCAAACCCGGUGGUAUGUCAAACAGCCGACAUGGCGGUUGUGGGGCGAGGAGCGCGUCGACGGCGCCAUCUACACCGUCUACCUCAAGAAAGUCCGAUACCACCGACCUACACGGAGCGCUUCUAGUGAGUCGGAUGACGAGAUAUCCCACUUGGAAUGGGAGACGGUGCGCGUGCGCUUCGUGAAGGCAGGCACCGUCGAGCGGCUGGUGGAGGCGCUCGCUACCGACGAUGGUGAACUCGAAUCCACAUACGUUAACGUUUUUCUGGCUACAUAUCGAUCUUUCGCGGAGUGCAGCAGAGUGUUGGACCUUCUACUGCGACGAUACGAAGCCCUGGCAGCGGAGGAGGUGCACCCGAGCGCAGUAGAUACGUCGUUGCAACAUCGAAAGACUCUAGUUGCGUGUCUACACGUGUGGCUGGACACGUACCCGGAAGACUUUCGUCAGCCUCCUCACCACCCCGCACUGCAACAGCUACUCGCCUUCACUCAAGUUCAUUUGCCUGGAACGGAACUACAUUCGAAGGUAUUGCAGAAGUUAGCUGUAUUCAGUGCAGAGCGCAAUGGUGGGUGCGGAGUGGGCGGCGCCAUGUGCCUGGCGGCCGGCAUGCGCGUGCCGGCGCACCACACGAGCGCGUACCGGCUGCCGCACGUCCCGCACCGGCACUUCGCCGAGCAGCUCACCCGCAUGGACAUGGAGCUCUUCAAAAAGCUCGUCCCGCACCAGUGCCUCGGCGCUGUUUGGUCUCGAAGAGACAAAGACCGCAAUCACGACGCGGCUACCGUUUUGGCAACUGUAAAUCAAUUUAAUGCUGUAUCGUUUAGAGUGAUAUCUACGGUUCUGGUGGAACCUAAUCUAAGGCCACUCGAACGUGCUGAAAUUUUAGCAGCAUGGCUCGAUAUUGCCCGAGAAUUAAGGGUGCUCAAAAACUUUUCUUCAUUGAAAGCGAUCAUCUCCGGGCUACAGAGUAACCCUGUUUAUAGACUGAGAAAAACGUGGGCAUUACUAGCUAAAGAAAAAGCUGAAUUGUUCGAUGAACUUGCACGUAUUUUUAGUGAGGACAAUAACCGGUGGGCUCAACGAGAGUUACUCAUGCGCGAGGGAACCGCUAAGUUCGCAGAUACAGUAGGCGAAAAUGAUCGCCAGCUACAAAAAUUAUUACACGAACGAGGCUCUCCUGGCGUCAGUCAUGGAACUAUUCCUUACCUUGGAACCUUCCUCACCGAUCUCACUAUGAUCGAUACCGCUAUUCCAGAUACGGUAGCCGAUGGUUUAAUUAAUUUCGAUAAGCGACGGAAAGAAUUCGAAGUCCUCGCGCAGAUCAAGUUACUACAGGGUGCUGCCAACGCCUAUCACUUGCCCUCUGACUCGAUGUUUGAUAGAUGGUUUGACUCGGUCAUUGUUUUGGAUGACCGGGAGUCAUAUCAAUUGUCUUGUCAGAUCGAACCGCCUACGAAUCCUCCAAAGGAAAGGCGACCAAAGAAAAUAAACGAUACUAAUAGCCAAGGUCAUAGAAAGAAUGACUCGAUUGCUAGCACGAGCUCGAGUAACAGUUCGCAGUUCUAUUGUGAGACAGACGGGACAGGCACAGCGUGGAAGAGGGACAGUUUAGAGAGGCGAGUGUCACCGACGCGAUUAUCGCACGGUUCAUCAUCGUCGUCACUACCUUCCUUAGAUGUGUCCUUAUCGAGUGCAAACAGCGGACAGAAACCCGCCAACGGCAAGGCCGGAGGAGUCAGCCCUGCAGCGCCAGGUGUACGCUCAGGCCCAGACUUUUACAUUAUCCGCGUGACGUACGAGUCAGACUGUGCCGAAACCGAGGGCGUGGUGCUGUACAAGUCAAUAAUGCUGUGCAACAACGAACGCACGCCUCAAGUCAUCCGUAAUGCGAUGCUUAAGCUCAACCUUGAUGGUGAUCCUGAUGGAUACACAUUGGCACAAGUUCUACCCGAAAAAGAAAUGCUGCUGCCUGCGAACGCAAAUGUUUACUACGCGGUGAAUACUGCCUACAAUCUGAACUUCAUCCUGCGCCCGCGCAAGACGCAGCAGGUGGAGCCAGUGGUCAACGGGAAGUCGCGCGGGAAGCGCCCCUGAUCACACACAGUGACCGUUUGGUAGACAGCCAUUGUGUUUAUAAGACAAAUAAUCCGAACGAAGACAGUUUUGUGUUGUGGCAGACCUGCACAGGGAAUUACAGACAAAAAAUUUCGCAUUUAUUGUUUCAACUUUAUCCAUAGAUCUCUGAAAUUAGUUUCAUCGAACUAGAUCUUGUUGUUUUAGGUGACCAUGUAGAAUUUUUGCUAAGCUUAAUUUGUUCAUAAAUCAUAAAUUAAAACAUUUUUUAAAGAAAAUUAUCAAAUAACAUUUCGUGCUAUCCUAAUUAUUAAAGUGAAAAAUACUCUUGAAUUGUGUGCGCUCUCUUCUAAUUGGCCCAAUAACAAUCACACAUUUCCCUUAGCUUUGUAAGUGGAAGUUCCUUUAGUUUUGCAAACUGUAACUUUGCUGAGACCGGAUUCAUUACUUAACACUGCGUUCCCAAGUAUUCCUAGCGUGCAUUUCACGGUGUCUACAAUGUAUUAUUUGUACUGUACUCAUGUAAAUAACUUAAUAUAAUGCCACCUCUAGCUUAGUAUGUUUAUGUAUAUGUGAAUUGUCGUUUGUAUAUAAUGGUUUGUAAAUAAGAAUCUCAUGAAAUAAUAUUGUAGUAUAAUACUGAGCCAAAGGCAAUAUACGUCUAAUAGCAAGGUGCUGUACCAAUUUUGUAUAACAUUUUAGAAGCUUUAAUAGUAACAUGUUUUAUAAAUUGAAUUUCGUAUUGUAUUUCUAAUUGAUAGAGUUUAUGUGUUUCAAAUUGAAGAAGGGUAUAAAGCGGGAACAAGGUGACUCAAAUGACGAUCACAAAAGCCUGUCGUUUUAAGUCAUGUUUUUGAUAAAUAUACACUUAAAUGAUGAUGGAUAGGAAAACUUUUGUUUCGGACGUGGAACGAUUUAAAUAUUACUGUUUUUUUAUUUGUUGACUUUUACGUGGUACGUUUGACCUGACAGAGACGUAUAUGUACUUAACUGUUUAUCCGUAAAACAUGUGUUUCAAAAUACGAGUAAAGUGGUCCUGUAGUUACACUAGAAGUAAAUGUCGCUUAAGAUAUGUGUUCAUUGUUGUGAAUGGCCUCAGAACGGAGGCCAUCUUCCGAAGCCCAUUUUUGCACACAAGUAAGUUAAUGUGUAGAUCGUAAGCUCUACGUACUUACAGCCAUACAUUAAAUGUUCUGAUAUUGGAAUUAUAUUUUAAUUAAAGACAAUAUUAUGUUAUCUAUUUUCUUCACCGUGGUAAUAUUAUUUUUUUAUUUAAUACCUUUGUACUAUGCUAAUUCUUUUGACGUGCCCAUACGCAUACAAUAUAAAUAAGAUUCACGGUGUGCCUAAAAUAAAUUAUAUUAUUUAAAUUGUAUCGUUUGUAACGUAUAUAACUCGUAUUAUGUAAUCCUGCAUAAUAUAUUUGUAUUUAUGUUACCUACUCUAUUGUAUUAAGCUCGGAAUGACAUUAAUUACUAUUGUUCUGUAAAUAUCUGUAUUAUCUAAUUGAAGUGUAAUUUUUGUAGUUUUCCACCAGUGUUGCUGUAACAUGUUUAUAUUCGUAUAAUAAAAGUUAACGAAACCUUU